UAGUAGGUGAAGGGUGGAGAUACGUAGUGUCUGACGUUGCCAUGCCGUCGACACGUAGUGUCUGACGUCCAGUCCGGCUCGUCGGCAUGCCUAUUUAUUCUCAUCUCCGGGCUUGGCAGUCACCAACACCCUGAUUUCAGUGAUUUGUGAGCAGGAAAUCGAAGUAUACUCCAGCUAGGAGCCUAGGCGAAGAAGCAGAGCGAGCAAUCAUCAAUGGAGAAAGGCACGCCCGCGCUCGGUUGGGCCGCGAGAGACGAGUCCGGUCUCCUCUCCCCCUACAGCUUCUCGAGAAGGGCCCGGAAGGACGAGGAUGUGACGAUCAAGGUGCUCUUCUGCGGGAUCUGCCACACCGACCUCCACAUCGCCAAGAACGAGUGGGGCAACGCCCUCUACCCCAUCGUUCCCGGGCAUGAGAUUGUGGGCGUCGUCACCGACGUCGGCCCUGGCGUCAAGAGCUUCAAGGUCGGGGACACGGUGGGCGUGGGCUACUUCGUUGACUCCUGCCGCUCGUGCGGCACCUGCAGCAAGGGGUACGAGAACUACUGCUCCACCCUCGUGCUCACCUCCAACGGCGUGGACUACGACGGCGCCACCACCCAGGGGGGUUUCUCAGACGUGCUCGUCGUCAACCAGGACUACGUCCUCCGCGUCCCGGAGAGCCUGUCUCUCGCCGGGGCGGCGCCGUUGCUCUGCGCCGGCGUCACGGUGUACAGCCCGAUGAUGCAGUACGGCCUCAACGCGCCGGGGAAGCACCUCGGAGUCGUCGGCCUCGGGGGUCUCGGCCACAUGGCCGUCAAGUUCGGCAAGGCGUUCGGGAUGACCGUCACCGUGAUCAGCUCGUCGCCGAGGAAGCGCGAGGAGGCGCUCGAGCGCCUCGGCGCCGACGCGUUCUUGGUCAGCCAGGACGCCGAGCAAAUGAAGGCUGCGGCGGGGACGAUGGACGGCAUCAUCGACACGGUGUCGGCGGGGCACCCGCUCGUGCCACUGCUGGAGCUGAUGAAGCCGAUGGGGCAGAUGGUGGUGGUCGGCGCGCCGAGCGAGCCCCUGGCGCUGCCAGCCUACGCCAUCAUCGGAGGCGGCAAGCGCUUGGCCGGGAACGGCGUGGGCAGCGUGCGCGACUGCCAGGCGAUGCUGGACUUCGCGGGGAAGCACGGCAUCACCGCGGACGUCGAGGUCGUCAAGAUGGACUACGUCAACACGGCGGUCGAGCGGCUGGAGAAGAACGACGUGAGGUACCGCUUCGUCAUCGACGUCGCCGGCAGCCAGCUGGGCGCCGCCGCUUAGUGCUCCGAGACGUAGACACGCAGCGGUCACCGGCCACGUGGGGUCGUGAUACGUGGUCUUGUUAUUUCCAUGGGUCGGUGUGUGUGUAUUUCCAGAAUUUUCUGGUGAAAUAAUUGCUUCGCAUGUUGUGUGUUC